AUGGAGAAGUUCCGCAUGCUCUUCCAGCACUUCCAGUCCAGCUCCGAGUCGGUGAUGAACGGCGUCUGCCUGCUGCUGGCCGUGGUCACCGUCAAGCUGUACUCCUCCUUCGACUUCAACUGCCCCUGCCUGGCACACUACAAUGCCCUCUAUGGCCUGGGCCUGCUGCUCACGCCCCCGCUCGUCCUGUUCCUCUGCGGCCUCCUGGCCAACCGGCAGUCCGUGGUGAUGGUGGAGGAGUGGCGCCGGCCCACCGGGCACCGCAGGAAGGACCCGGGCAUCAUCAGGUACAUGUGCUCCUCCGUGCUGCAGAGAGCGCUGGCCGCCCCCCUUCUCUGGAUCCUGCUGGCCCUCCUGGAUGGGAAGUGCUUCGUGUGUGCCUUCAGCAGCUCCGUGGACCCUGAGAAGUUUCUGGACUUUGCCAACAUGACCCCCAGCCAGGUUCAGCUCUUCCUGGCCAAGGUGCCCUGCAAGGAGGACGAGCUGGUGAGGGACAGCCCUGCUCGAAAGGCGGUGUCUCGCUACCUGCGGUGCCUGUCGCAGGCCAUCGGCUGGAGCGUCACACUGCUGCUGAUCGUGGUGGCCUUCCUGGCCCGCUGCCUGCGGCCCUGCUUCGACCAGACGGUCUUCCUGCAGCGCAGGUACUGGAGCAACUACGUGGACCUGGAGCAGAAGCUCUUCGACGAGACGUGCUGUGAGCACGCGCGGGACUUCGCGCACCGCUGCGUGCUGCACUUCUUCGCCAGCAUGCAGGGCGAGCUGCGGGCGCGGGGGCUGCGGCGGGGCCCCGCGGGCAGCGGCUCCGAGCCCCCCGAGGUGCCAGAGCCCCCCGAGGGCACGGACGGCGAAGGUGGGAAAGCCCACCUGCGCGCCGUCUCCAGCCGGGAGCAGGUGAACCACCUGCUGAGCGCCUGGUACUCACGCAAGCCGCCCCUGGACCUGGCGGCACCGCCCGGGCUCGGGGGACGCGGCCUCAGCCACCGCGCGCCCCAGGCGGCGCCGGGGACCAGGCUGUCCCAGCACACCGAUGUGUAG